GUGGAUUCUCGAUCACGGAUGGGCAUUAAGAUAAGAGAUGGGACAAUGUUUCAGACAGUUUUUCACUUGUUUGGCCCAUAUUCAGAUGGUGAAUAUGGGGCCCACUUCACCCCAAACUCAGCAACUUCGAAGAAACAUCCAUCCCAAUCCACCAAUCAGCACAAAAACCAAAUCCUUAUACUCCUUCUCUGACUUCACCGGUUUUUAGCCCACUGCUCUUAACCCAUAUUCCGGUCUUUGUGAUUAUCUUCUGCGAAAAUUUUCUUUUUCUUUUUUUUUCUCUUCUUUUAAAACCAUUAGUUUAUUGGAUUUUCAUUUUCAGUUUCCCCCAAUUUUGCUUUUGAGUUACGUUCUGUUUGUAAAAGGAAGAAUGCAGUUACAUGGUUUUGCUUUUGAAUUGGAUAAGCGUUUUUAGCUUUGGACUUUUGACGUUUGAUGCCGAUAUCUACUUGCUUUUGCUUUUUUUCUUUCCGAAACUAAGAAAGAUUCUCUUUGAUGGUUCAAGUGAUUUUUCCCAGAAGGACAAGUUUUUAGACUCUUUCAGAACACAGAAGUGCAAAAAACAUGUCUUUGCUUAGAAGAAGAAAACCCAUCAAUGAAUCCGACAAAGCCUCGGAAGCUUCAGAUUUAAAACCCCAAAUAGAAAAAGAAGAGGAUCAACAAGAAGAUGACAAUGGCAAUGAUAAAAACAAGAAAAAAAUCCCACCUAGGAUCAAGAAGAAACACGUAGAGAAACCACCCAAGUGGUCGUGUUUGGACACGUGCUGUUGGUUCAUUGGUUGCAUAUGUGUAUCGUGGUGGCUUCUGUUGUUUCUUUACAAUGCAAUGCCAGCUUCAUUUCCUCAGUACGUAACGGAAGCAAUAACAGGACCGUUACCGGACCCACCUGGUGUGAAGCUGAAGAAAGAAGGGUUAAGGGUUAAGCAUCCGGUGUUUUUUGUGCCUGGGAUUGUGACUGGUGGGCUUGAGUUGUGGGAAGGGCGGAAGUGUGCUGAAGGGUUGUUUAGGAAGCGGCUGUGGGGUGGCACUUUUGGUGAAGUGUACAAAAGACCUCUAUGCUGGGUGGAGCACAUGUCAUUGGAUAAUGAAACUGGAUUAGAUCCUUGUGGAAUAAGGGUGAGGCCUGUCUCUGGACUAGUGGCUGCAGAUUACUUUGCUCCUGGUUAUUUUGUGUGGGCAGUUCUGAUUGCUAACUUGGCACGUAUUGGAUAUGAGGAGAAAACCAUGUAUAUGGCUGCCUAUGAUUGGAGACUCUCAUUUCAAAACACUGAGGUACGUGACCAAACACUGAGCCGUAUUAAGAGUAAUAUAGAACUGAUGGUUGCUACAAAUGGAGGGAAAAAGGCUGUUGUCGUUCCACAUUCCAUGGGUGUUCUGUAUUUUCUGCAUUUCAUGAAGUGGGUCGAGGCACCAGCUCCAAUGGGUGGUGGGGGUGGACCAGAUUGGUGUUCUAAGCAUAUUAAAGCUGUGGUCAACAUUGGUGGGCCAUUUUUGGGUGUUCCAAAAGCUAUUGCUGGGCUUUUCUCUGCUGAAGCAAGGGAUAUUGCAGUUGCCAGGGCUAUUGCACCUGGUUUUUUGGAUAAUGAUAUAUUUCAUCUUCAAACAUUGCAACAUGUGAUGAGGAUGAGCCGCACUUGGGAUUCAACUAUGUCUAUGAUACCAAAAGGUGGGGACACAAUAUGGGGUGGUCUAGACUGGUCACCAGAAGAAGGCUAUUCUUGUAGCAAAAAAGGAGAAAGGAAGAAUGACACUCUGAUCGCAGACCCUGGUACUGAAAGUGCAGUUUCUCAAGCAAGUAGUGCGAAUUAUGGUAGGAUUAUAUCCUUUGGAAAAGAUGUUGCUGAGGCAUCUUCAUCUGACGUUGAGAGAAUAGACUUCAGGGGUGCUGUUAAGGGAAAUAGUGCUGCAAACACAACUUGUAGAGAUGUUUGGACAGAGUACCAUGACAUGGGAUUUGCAGGUAUCAAAGCUGUUGCAGAGUAUAAAACUUACACUGCCGAAUCAAUUGUUGACCUGCUUCACUUUGUUGCUCCAAAAAUGAUGGCACGUGGUACUGCUCAUUUCUCCUAUGGAAUUGCUGACAAUUUGGAUGACCCUAAGUAUAAACACUUCAAGUAUUGGUCAAACCCCUUGGAAACAACGUUGCCGAAUGCACCUGAGAUGGAAAUCUUUUCUUUAUAUGGAGUUGGCCUACCAACUGAAAGAGCAUAUGUGUACAAGUUAUCUCAUGCUGCUGAGUGUUAUAUUCCUUUUCAGAUUGAUACAUCCGCUGAUGAUGAAGAUACCUGCCUGAAGGAUGGCGUGUAUUCCAUGGAUGGAGAUGAGACUGUACCAGUUCUAAGUGCGGGUUUUAUGUGUGCUAAAGGCUGGCGUGGUAAAACCAGAUUUAAUCCUUCUGGAAUUCGAACAUAUAUUAGGGAAUACAGUCAUUCUCCUCCGGCCAACCUAUUGGAGGGGCGUGGCACUCUUAGUGGUGCCCAUGUUGAUAUAAUGGGAAAUUUUGCAUUAAUUGAGGAUGUUGUUAGGGUUGCAGCUGGGGCUUCUGGAGAAGAAUUGGGAGGGGAUCAAGUUUUUUCUAAUAUCUUUAACUGGUCCAAGAAGAUCAACUUGCAAUUAUAACCUGCACUGGUACAUACUCUACCCUGCCUUUUUUAUCCUGCUUCUGUCAUUGUUCCAAGUUUCAACUGGUCUGGAGUGUCUGGUCCAUAAUUUUACCUAGGCAUCUAUCUUUCCUUUCCUACAUCUUUCCAUUUACAUUUAGAACCAUAAUUUUCUGUGUCUGGUAUGUUGUUCUUACCAGUUGAACCAUUACAACAUUCUUUCUGAGCCCUAAACCGACGCAAAUCCUCCUUUAUGUAUAUUCAUAUUCUAUGGCGCUAAUAGAUCUGGCUAAUUUAAUAAGGUCUCCUGAUUGUCAUUUGAAAAACAAAUUUCCAUGUUGAUUACUUGCAUUGCCAGGCCAUCAUAUAUUUCUACUCUCUGUACGAGGAGCUGGCUGAAAGCUUUUAACUAGUUUUCUGUUUCUUGGCCAUUUGCUGGAAAAUGUUACUCCAGUAUAUUUGUCCACGUGAUGCGGUGAAAUGGCUGCCUUUUACUUGUGUGUUUCCUGGCCAAAUGACCAUAUAAUGAUUAUCAUUUUCCUUGUAUGCAUUUGAGAAGCGAUUGGUUAGUAAUCUUUAAGCCUGGUAACUGGUUUGUAGAUAUCAUUGCCUGGCAAAUACUACAGCUAUUCGUUUGCCUCACAUCAUUUAAACUGUUAAUACAAUUUUAACAAAUUGUGUUAUCGAUUAUUUACUAAAUUUUGUGGGGCUUGUAAAAUACCGUAAUAGACUGGCAAAGAAAUUUUUUAUUAUUUCUUUAAUAAUGAAACCUGUUAUUAGGAGUUGAACUUUUCUGAUGAAUGAUGAUUGUAUCUCCUAUAGCUCAUGGUGUACAAGUAGGUUCUCGGCUGUGAGUUUGCUAUUGAUUUCACAGCCAUAAAUGAUAAGU